AUCGUUUGCUCAAGCGUGGGCCGUGCGCGCAACCUCGGCCACGCAACGCCCCUUGUUAUGGGCCAGCCACACGUCCAUCUCUAGAUUUUCUUGCUCCUAGGUGGCUUCCUGACGUAUGUCUAGUCGUUGCAGCGUUGGACGUUUGGGCGGCGGUGCAGGCUGCGUAGGAAAGAGACGUGCGCUUGCAGCGCCAGGCCGAGCGAGCGAUGCGAUCGGCACACGCGGCUCCUCGCGCCACAUUUGGAGGGCGUCCGAGCGUGGACCUAGCAGUGCGCAUAUUGCGCGCGAUGCGGUGAAGGUGGUAAUUGCGCCGCGCGGCUUCCCCGAAGCCGCCAGCAGCCUCGCGGACGAUGAGCCCGAGGGGCUGCUGCGUGUGGGCGGCCCCUCAGCAGCAGCAGCCGCUGCCGCCGUGGCCGUUGCCGGCGUCCUCGACAGCGACCAUGAAGAGGUGUUCGCCACCUCUCCUGCCGAGCAGGAGGAGGAGGAGGAGGAGGCGCAGCUGGAGAGCCGGCGCCGCAGCGGCCUGGGCGCCAGCACCAGUGCUAGCGGAAACAGCAGUGGCAGCGGCAGCGGCAAGCUCAACAACGGUGGCGGCAACGGGCGCGGGAACGGGAAUGGGAAUGGCCGGGCGGGUGUGUCAGCCAACGGGGCUGCGGCGGCGGCGGUGGGUAGCAGUGGCAGCAGCAUUGCUGCGCCGUCGUGGCCGGUACCCCCGCAGCGGCCCGUCAAUGGCACCAGCACGGCUGCCUCCAAAAGCGGGAGCAACAGCAGCAGUAGCACCCCAGCAGUGGCCUUCCCGGGCUUCCCGUCCCCACCGGGCUCCUCGGCGGCCGCGGCGGCGCCGCCCGUGCUGCGGCCGCUGGGGUCACCGGCCUCCUCCAUCGGCGGUGGCGGCGGCAGUGGCAGUAGCAGCGGUGGCAGCCCCGGCGGCAGCUUCAGCGCCGGCAGUAGCAUGGACGUGUCGCCGGAGGCUGUAUCACUGUACGCUGGCACGCCGGUGGCAGGCAACCUGUCGGCGACCGUAGUCUCUUCGGACGUCCUCAUUCCCGAAAUCGACCAGCUACAGUUACUGCCGCCCGCGCCGCCUGGCGUCGCGCCCAACGCGCAGCGCGUCUACAAGUCCGUGCCCGAAGGCGGCAGUAGCAGCAGCGGCAGCGGCAGUGGCACCGGAACCAGUACAGGAAGCAGCAGUGGCGGCGGCAGUAGCACCGGCAGUGGCGGCGCCGCCGGCGCCGUGGGCGGGGAUGCGGGCGCGGCGGCGGCGGCAGCGGCUGUGAAGCGGCGACGGGCCAAGGUGCGGGUGCUUGACGCUUCAGAGCUAUUGCUGGCGCGUGAUGAGGCUGUGAGGACGGAGCUGCUGGGGCGCACGUGGAAGGACCUGCUGCAGUUUGAGGAGCGGCUGGGGGCGGGCCUGGCCGGCACGGGAGCGGCAGCAGCAGCAGCGGCAGCAGCAGCAGCGGCGGCAGUAGCAACACAGCAGCAGCAGCAGCCCGGCGCGACAGCGGGGGCGACCACAGCAGCAGCUGCAUCAGCAGUGGCCGCAGCCCCUGGUUUGGACGAGCUGCUACAGCUGAUGCAGUCUGCGGCCGCAACAGCUGCUGCUACUGCCGGCGGCAACGGUGCCGCCGCCGCUUCUGCGGCUGCUACAGCCGCGGCAGCGGAGGCGGAGGCGGAGGCCGCGCAGGAGAAGCUGCUGGGGCUGGUGUGGCGUGCCGGCAGUUGGCAGCAGUUGCGGCGACUGUACGCCUCGCACCGGGAGCGGUUUGGUCCGGCGCACGUGGCGGCCACGUUGACCCGGCUCGCGCGGUUCUGGAAAAAGCCUGGCGAGGUGGCGCGCUCGGACCGCGGCGAGGUGCUGGCGCUGUGGGACCGCGUGCUGGAGCAGGUGGCCUUCGCCGCACCCGACCUCACCGGGCAGCAGGCGGUGGCGGUGGCGGGCGCGCUGGCGGCGCUGCCCUUCUCACACGGCCCGCGGGUCGAGGCCACGCUGGCGGCGCUGCAGCGCGUGCUGCGCUACAGCAGCCACGCAGUGGUGCCGGCGGCGCCGCCGCCGCCGCCGAAGGCGACGGCGCCAACCGUCGCCGCGGCGGCGGCGGCCAGCCGCCGCCGGGGCGCCGCCGGCGGCGCAGCCGCCGGCCCGCUGAGUAGCAUUGACGGCGGCGCGGGGCCGGAGUCGCAGCAGCAGCAGCAGCAGCAGCAGCGGUCGGGUCCGGCGCCGCCGCCGUCGGACAUGCACGGCGGCAGCUACGCGCGGCUGCUGUACGUGCUGGGCCGGAUCAACAGCUCCGCCCGCCCCUGGCGCAUGUCGGUCCGCCUGCCGCCCUCCUACAUUCGCGGGCUGCUGCUGGGGUCCUACGCAGCACUGGCGCCAGCGGCGCCGCCAGGCGCCGUCGCCGCCUCCGCCGGCAGCUCCGCCGCCGGCGGCCUGCGGCCCAAGGACUACGCGCACAUGCUGUACGGGCUAGCGUGCCUGCGGGUGGCGCCGCCAGUGCCGUGGCUGUACGCCUUCUACGUGACGUCAGCACGUGCCGUACCCGCCAUGAACGACACCGAGCUGUCCAUGCUGAUGUACGGCGCCUGCCGCAUCGCGCCGCCGGCGGGCGCGCCCGCCGCCGUCGUCGCCGCCGCCAAGCCGCCGGCGCCGUGGAUCGAGGCGUGCCUGGACCAGUUCGCGCGGCGCUUUGCGGCGCCGCGGCCGGCGGCGGCGCACGCGGGCCGCGGCGGCCGCGGCAGUGCCGGCAGCGGCAGCGGGAGUGGCGGGGAGGAGGAGCAGCACCAGGUGCAACACCAGCACCACCAGCAGGAUGGGGAGGAGGAGGAGGAGCAGGACGCGGGGCGGGAGGCGGGGCGGAAGGAGGAGUACGUGGGGAUGGACGGGGCCGCGCUGGCGGGAGUGGUGCUGGCUCUGGGCCGGCUCAAGUACAAGCCGCGGCGGGUGUGGCUGGACGCGCACCUGGCGGCCAGCGGCGCGGCGCUGGCGGCGGGGCGGCUGUCGCCCACGGAGAUCAGCCACCUGGUCCGCGGCUAUGCCUUCCUGGGUGUGACGCCGCCGGACGAGUGGCUGGCGGCGCUGUGGGAGGCAAGCGGCGCGGCGCUGGCGGCGGCAGCGGCGCGGCAGCAGCAGCUGGCGGCGGCGCGGGCGCAGCAGCAGCAACAGCAACAGCAAGGGGCGCAGCAACCAGCGGCGGAGGGGGUGCAAAAGCAGCAAGGGGCAGGACAUGAGCGGAGGCAAGGGACAGGGGUAGGUGCGUCCAAGUCCGCCGCCGCCACCGCCACCGCCGCCGCAACUUACAGCGCCACUGCCACGUUCAGUCCGGCUAUGCUUGCGGACCUGGCGUGGGCGCUGGGGCUGCUCAAGGUGCCCAUCCCCCGGCGCUGGUACGGCGCCCUGCUGUCCGUACUGGCCGCCACGCCGCUGGAGCAGCUGCGGCCCUACCACCGGCGGCGGCUGCUGGCGGCGCUGGCGGCGUUCGAGUGCAAGGACCUGCAGCGCUGGUACGAGCACUUCCGCAUCCCGCUCAAGGAGAUGCCCGGCUACGGCGACCUGAAGGCGGCGGCCGCGCAGCGCCGAGUGCAGGCCGCCCGGGCGGCACUGCUGGCGGAGCGACGGCUCAAGCAGCAGCAGCAGGGGCAGGCGGGAGCUGGAGCAGGAGUAGGGGCGAAGGCGGGGGCUGGGGCAGGGGCAGGGGCGGCGGCAGGGGCGGAGCAGAAGGAGGCAGCAAAGGCGGCGAAGGGGGCGAAGAAGGGGCAGAAGCCGCAGAAGGGGCAGCGGUCUGGCGGCAAGAAGAAGGGGCAGCAGCAGGAGCAGAAGGAGCAGCAGCAGGCGUGAAGGUUUGAGCUGAGCGCUAGAGCGUUGAUGCGUUAGGUGGAAGCAACAGGUGCGGGCAGCAGGCGCAGGCAGCAGGCACGGAGCGUGUGGACUAAAGGGCUGGAGCUCGGGGGGAGACUAGUAGCAGUGUGCGCCCCGCAUUCAGGGGAAUGGGCACGGUGAACUGGGUUCUGUUCGGAUGAUGACGACGCGUUGGGGGUGCCUUUCACUACCAUACCCGGAUACGAGCAGGGCGGGUUGGCGGAGCCGGGUGCGAGGGAAACCGGCAGGCACGUAUGCACGCACGCACGCGCUCACGGCUUGGCAACAACAUUUUCCCGGCGGCCCCGGCGGCAAACCCGGCGGUUCCGCGGCUGCAACUAGGACCGGGCGAGCACACUAAACGUCUUGGGAGUGCCUGUGACGUGAGCGGGCGGAAGGUUCGUUGCGUUUGACACCGUGUAUUUACAUGUGCGGAUGCAGGUUGGGGUGCGGGUGCGGCUGGGGGCGCUUGGCCUCGGGUGGUGGUAUUGUGACGGCCCCAGGCGGCGGACGGGAAUAUCUGUAUUUCAUCUAUCGCGGUUGCGAGGCUUGCAGAGGAGAGACACUGCACUUUCAUGGAGGGACUGGAGGAUCUGGGUCGGUGCGGGCACGGCGGUGUGUCUCUGCGUCUGCGUGUGUGUGUGCUGCACCGGACCCUGCGGGGCGCGGCACGCUGUAGUUUAUAAGCGGCAAGGGCAGUGACAGGCACAGGACAAAGUAUCAUGCAGGAUCACAGGUCGAAUGGGCAAGAAGCAGGAGAGAGAAUCGAAGGAAGCAGAGGGUUUGCAAACCAAGGCCAGUGCACAAUCGGAAUGACGCAUGGCCGCGGCCCAGAUCGCCGUCUGUAAGCCCUCGGAGCA